AUCUUACUGUGUGCAGAAAUUAGAAGCCCUUCUAGUACAAGGCCAUCCUACGACGGCCCCUGAGCCGAAUGAUGAAGUGAGUGCGUUUACGUGUGCAAGAAAUGUUUGAUUUCUGAGGUAUGUAAACAAGCGAGCGAAAGAUGUUAUAGGUCCUCACGAAUUGGGAACGCGAACCUUUGUGUUUUCUCUCUCCCGCCCUCCCUCUCCUGAGUAGUUUUAUAUUUAUAUCUUCGUUCGGUUAAGGGGCUAAGAUCUUACUGUGUGCAGUGUUGGGGCUAAGAUCUUACUGUGUGCAGAAAUUAGAAGCCCUUCUAGUACAAGGCCAUCCUAUUGGUGUAAGUUAUUUUUUACUGAGACGCAGACGAGGUUUUUCAUGUCCUCGUUAGAAUCUCCAUGAAGUUAUCAAAUGAUCAAUGUCAUUAUACCUACAGACAUAGACUCUGACUCGUCUUCGUCAUAUUCACACAUUGUGCUAUUGGGCGGUUUCGGCUUUCAUUCUAGUUCAACUGGCUAAGCUAAAAAUCCUUGUCCUCAAGCAAUCGCAGUCAAGUCCUUACAUCAUCAUUGUGAUAGGAAUGAUUCUCGAGUUGUAGUAGUCCUACAUUGUCGUUGUCCAUUUCCUUUUCUAACCCCUCCUCGGUCCAGUGCUUUACAACUCGCAUUAUACGGGAAAUUUCAACAACCUAAUCACGGUUGGUACGAAGAAGGCCAAAAGCAUUGCCGAGUUGUGGGAUAUGGCAUGCAAGGAAUAUUCCCAUCACAACGCAGCUGGAUAUCGUCAGCUUUUUGGGAUUUAUUAUGAGGUAUUCGUAUUUUGCUUUCGAUUUUGAAAAGAACUAGUAGUAAGUAGUAGUUUGUUAGAGUUAUUAUAAUUAUUGUUCGUUGAGAAGUGGAGUACUAGGUAGAUCAUAUUAAUUAAAACAAAGAAAAACAUUGGCGUCUUCGCAAAAACAAAUCCCUCACUUGACCGAACACAACAUCACCAACUACAGAACGGUUUCGAAAAACUCCACC